UAUAUUUUCUGAUUUUGGUGUGUUUGGUGACGAGAGACAAACAAAAUCACAGAUUCAGAGAGAGAGAGAGAGAGAGAGAGUGGUGCUCUACUAUGGCGACUGCCAUUUGCUGUCGAGUUUCUCUUUCAGCCAAUCAUAUCUUCCACCCUAAACCCGGAUAUAAGAGCCACAUUCAAAAACAAUGGGCAAGCUGGAAUGUAAUGGCAAUGCCGAUUGCAGGAGCGGGAAAAGGUGGUGGGGUGUUGGACAAGCCUGUAAUAGAAAAAGCAACCCCUGGCCGUCAAUCUGAGUUUGAUUUGAGGAAAUCAAGGAAAACAUCCCCACCAUAUCGUGUGAUGCUGCACAACGACAAUUUCAACAAGAGGGAGUAUGUCGUCCAAGUCCUUAUGAAGGUCAUACCAGGGAUGACCCUUGACAAUGCCGUAAACAUCAUGCAAGAGGCACAUCACAAUGGCCUCUCGGUGGUCAUAAUCUGUGCGCAGGUUGAUGCAGAAGACCAUUGCACGCAGCUUAGAGGUAAUGGCCUGUUGAGCUCAAUUGAACCCGCCAGUGGCGGUGGUUGUUGAAGUGCACGAAUCUCGUGUAGAAAAUAUAAUCUGUAUAACAUACUAGAGUUUACACAUAUAUGUACAUAGAUGAUGGGAAUGAAAUAGUUCUGGAACUUUGUUGAAUGUUGAAACAGCAGAUUGAUGCCAUUGCUGCUGGGCAACUGGUGCAAAUUAUGGACACUUUGAACAUACCAA